UGCCCAGCAUUGUUAAUGGAUCCAGUACGAACACAUUUACAAAAUACAGUGAAGUACUCAACUACUCCUGCAAUGAUGGUCUGGUAAAAUCUGCAAUCCCGAUUUGUGAGACGAAUGGAUUUCUAAGUGCGACUCCUACUUGUGAGAAGACAGGCCUGGGUUUGGUAGGCUAUCGGUAUUGUGCUGGUGAUGUAAUUCUAAAAAGGGCACAGCACCUAUUCACAUUUUCAGAAGCAAAGAUUCUAUGUGGAAGUGCAAAUGGCAAAGUUCUUGGCCCAAUUGCGCAUUCGAAUAAUUGCACAAUUGGUUUACUUACUUCGAAAAUGAGGCCAGCUUGGAUAAAUCAACUCGAAGACGGUAACCUACACAAUGCAUAUCUCACUGACGGCUUAGCCCGUGCACAAGAUGCUAAACAACUCGUGGUUUGUGAAUUACCUUGUGUACGCAGUCCUGGAGAUCAUAUUGCUAGUAUAUCACCUGCUGGUAUGGUUAAGUGUGAUUUUGGAUAUGAGUACCUUGAUUAUCAACCAGUGUGUAAUGGAACAACUCAGAUGGGAUCAUGUACUCCUUUCAUGUGUAAAGUGCCCAGCAUUGUUAAUGGAUCCAGUACGAAAACAUUUACAGAGUACAGAGAAGUUCUUAACUACUCCUGCAAUGAUGGUCUUGUAAAAUCUGCAAUCCCGAUUUGUGAGGCGAAUCGAAAUCUAAGUGCGACUCCUACUUGUGAGAAGACAGGCCUGGGUUUGGUAGGCCAUCGGUAUUGUACUGGUGAUAUAAUUCUAAAAAGGACGCUGCACCUAUUCACAUUUUUACAAGCAAAGAUUCUAUGUGGAAGUGUGAAUGGCACAGUUCUUGCCCCAAUGGCAUAUUCGAAUAAUUGCACAAUUGGUUUACUUACUUCGAAAAUGAUGCCAGCUUGGAUAAAUAUGACCGCAGGCGAUAACCUACAAAAUCCAUAUGUCACUGGAAACUCAACCCGUGUCCAAUAUGCUAAACAACCUGUGGUUUGUGAAUUACCUUGCGUACGCAGUCAUGGAGAUCACAUUGCUAGUAUAUCACCUGCUGGUAUGGUUACGUGUGAUUUUGGAUAUGAGUACCUUGAUGGUCAACCAGUGUGUAAUGGAACAACUAAGGUUGGAUCAUGUACUCGUUGUGGACGCAGUCUUGGAGAUCAUAUUGCUAGUAUAAUUUUAUCACCUGUUGGUAUAGUUACGUGUGAUCUUGGAUAUGAGUACCUUUAUGAUCAACCAGCGUGCAUUGGAACUUGCACUACUAUCAUGUGUAAAGUGCCCAGCAUCGUUCAUGGAUCCAGUACGAAAACAUUUACAAAGUACGGUGAAGUACUUAACUACUCCUGCAAUGAUGGUCUUGUAAAAUCUGCAAUCCCGAUUUGCGAGGCGAAUGGAAAUCUAAGUGCGACUCCUACUUGUGAGAAGACAGGCCUGGGUUUGGUAGGCUAUCGGUAUUGUACUGGUGGUAUAAUUCUAAAAAGGACACAGCACGCAUUCACAUUUUUACAAGCAAAGGUUCUAUGUGGAAGUGUGAAUGGCAAAGUUCUUGGCCCCAUGGCAAAUGCGAAUAAUUGCACAAUUGGUUUACUUACUUCGCUGCCAGCGUGGAUAAAUCAAAUCGAAGGCGAUAACCUACAAAAUGCAUAUGUCACUGGAGGCUCAACCCGUGUCCAAUAUGCUAAACAACCUGUGGUUUGUGAAUUUCCUUGCGUACGCAGUCAUGGAGAUCAUAUUGCUAGUAUAUCACCUGCUGGUAUGGUUACGUGUGAUUUUGGAUAUGAGUACCUUGAUGAUCAACCAGUGUGUAAUGGAACAACUAAGGUUGGAUCAUGUACUCCUAUCAUGUGUAAAGUGCCCAGCAUUGUUAAUGGAGCCAGUACGAAAACAUUUAAAAAGUACAGUGAAGUACUUAACUACUCCUGCAAUGAUGGUCUUGUAAAAUCUGCAAUCCCGAUUUGUGAGGCGAAUGGAAAUCUAAGUGCGACUCCUACUUGUGAGAAGACAGGCCUGGGUUUGGUAGGCCAUCGGUAUUGUACUGGUGAUGUAAUUCUAAAAAGGACGCUGCACCUAUUCACAUUUUUACAAGCAAAGGUUCUAUGUGGAAGUGUGAAUGGCAAAGUUCUUGGCACAAUAGCAAAUGCGAAUAAUUGCACAAUUGGUUUACUUACUUGGCAGCCAGCGUGGAUAAAUCAAACCGAAGGCAAUAUCCUACAAAAUGCAUAUGUCACUGGAGACUCAACCCGUGUCCAAUAUGCUAAACAACCUGUGGUUUGUGAAUUUCCUUGUGAACGCAGUUCUGGAGAUCAUAUUGCUAGUAUAUCACCUGCUGGUAUGGUUAAGUGUGAUUUUGGAUAUGAGUACCUUGAUGGUCAACCAGUGUGUAAUGGAACAACUAAGGUUGGAUCAUGUACUCCUAUCAUGUGUAACGUGCCCAGUAUUGUUAAUGGAUACAGUAUGAAAACAUUUACAAAGUACAGUGAAGUACUAAACUACUCCUGCAAUGAUGGUUUUGUAAAAUCUGCAAUCCCGAUUUGUGAGGCGAAUGGAGUUCUAAGUGCGACUCCUACUUGUGAGAAUCUUCCGGGUAUAACCAUACCAACUCCACCAGUGCCAGCGCAAGGAAAAGGUCAAACAUCUCAAAGUCCAGGGCAGUUCCAACCAACUUCUCCAAUGACCAAUACAGAGGGAUCUGAUAUUUCUGAUGUCGAUGAAUGCUUGACUAUGUGCAAAGGCAAUGGGACCAGUUGCACCAACACAGUUGGGAGUUACAAAUGUGAAUGCCAAACGGGAUUUGAUGGAGAUGCACCUUCUUGCACUGAUAUCGAUGAGUGUAACACCAUGUGCAGUAGUACAUCGUCACAAUGCAACAACACUUUGGGAAGUUUUGUGUGCACCUGCAAUCCUGGAUACACUGCUGAUGGGACUACCUGUACAGUGCCGUCUAGCUCUAGCACCACCAGCCCCUACCUGUGGCUGAUCGCCGGUUUCGCCGGCUGCAUUCUCAUCGGUCUCGCUGUCGCCAUUCUUCUGGUAGCCCGCCGCAACCACGCUGUAUUAGCACCACGACGAUUGUUCAGCGUGAAAUCCAGCGGCCUACCGCUGUCAACGGUGCGCAGCAAGGAUGCAUCUCUCCUGUACACUGGCGUCCACAGAGACUCGAACACCGAGGACCAGUAUAGCCAGCCAAGCACUGGGAAUGCACCCGACGCCGGGAAUCAACGUCCCCCUGCUGAUCGGACGUACGCUGUCACGUACAAGAAAGAUCGCAUGAUCAGCGUCGACUCUUCUUCGCAUCCGCUCAUGGAAGCAGACGGCAGUGCGAGCAUCGCAUUCCUUGGAUCUUCUUCGGCCGGCCAAAACGGCAGCACCUGCAGUCUCAACACCAUACCAGUCGGCGAUGAGGCCUCGCCCACACAUGACUCGGCUGCCGAUUAUCUAAAACGACGACCAUGCCCCACACUGCAGUCCAGGUUCGACGGAAAUGCAGACACUAGCCGGUAUGUAUGUACCAGUGCGAGCAAGAGCAGUGCCAUAUACUCUACAAUGGGCGCACGAGAUCCACUCGGAAAGCAACGCUCCAAUUCACGGCUGGCUGCUGAAGAAAUGAGUAAUUGCGAAGUCGGUUCGGCCGGAUACAUUGCUAGUUGCCAAGGGGACAAUUUCGACCACGUCUGCAUCUACGACACGCAGUACGCGGCAAACAACGUGUUGAGAGAGAGCUGCCAGUCUGCUAAUGGAGGCGUGUUGGACAGCGGUACUAAGUCUUGUCCGGACAGUCUGGCAGUCAAAGUGCCCGGACGGGCCGCCUCGGUGGAUAUGAGUACCCAGUCGUCUACAAGCUGCCUGGAUAACAAUCUAAACGAACUCAGUGACAUGCUCGAUAACGACCGGCUUGUCCACGAUGACCAGUAUGCGGAUCCCAGCAAUCAAAUGACAUGUGAAGAUACAUACAAUCGGACAUACUGUUGUUCACCCCGGGAGAAGUCCGGUCCGGCAAGCUUAAUCAUCUCCAACCAGUACGUCCUCAGCCCGCAUUCUUUCCGCCGCAGCACCGCUCGGGCGGCAGCGAGCGAAGCCGCCUAUACCUCCAGCAAUGCGACCGAGGAGGAGUAUGAAUUGCAUCCGGACGAAUCCGUCUGCGGCAUGGCGUGGCAGAACUUGGCCUCGAAGUGCGGCGACGAUGACGAGCCGGCUUUCCCAGGUCACAUUAGCUACGUGAACGCGUCGGGCAACAUAAACAUGCAGGCGGCCACUGGAGCGCCCGUGUUGUCGGGCACUCAUCGCGUCUCCCUCCUGAGCAACAUGGCCAAGAAGCUGUGGUCGCGUCGCCCGUCCCGAACCAGCCAGGACCCGCAGGCAAGCAACCAGCACAACACGAUCGACAGCACCGUCGCCGGCGGUGGUGCCUGGGACGUCCUGAGAGACCAGACCGCUGGCAUAGGACGCAGACCAGGAUCCGCAGCUGGACCUAGCACCCAAGAUGGCGGCCAAGAACUGUACGCGAUCCUGGGCUCGGCGAUCUCUAACGAUGCGGACCAACACACCAGACCAGGUGUUCAGACCUCGACCUCCGAUCACUACGGAGUGGUUGCACAAGAACACGGAGAACGUCAAGAACGCCUUAACACUGGCAUGGCAGGUAGGGCCAGCUCUGCACUUGCUGGCGUCACCGGCCGCGGCCAGAAAGACGAUGACUACGAUUCUACAAGCAGGUUGGGAGAGGACGAUUAUCACACUAUUUCUCACUGCGCGUCCACAUGUGGCUCGCAAAAGUCCGGCGACCAGGUUCUGGCAAACUCCAAUGGCGACGGUGCAGUCCUUGGCGUACACAAGACACUAAGCGGCUAUGAAAAGGUCCAGAAAAGCGCCGCAGUCAACAAUGGUCAAGAGGAUUCCGCCGACACCAAUGACGACGGUGCAGUCCUUGGCGUACACAAGACACUCAGCGGCUAUGAAAAGGUCCAGAAAAGCGCCGCAGUCAACGAUGGUCAAGAGGAUUCCGCCGACACCUAUAACGUAAUGUCGCCAAUGUCGAAUAUCAAUGCCGGCGUUGCCAUGGUAAAUAACGAGAACGCCAAGGAGUCUUUUUACACGGCCUUCGCCAGGGGAUCCACUUCAACCCUGCUGCCGGAAUUUCCCUACGUCGAAACUAUACCGGACGCUGCCGCGGACUACAAUGUCCUUUCAGAGCCGAUGGCCGCGGACUGCAGCAGCAGCACUGACGAUCACCGCGCCGAAGAGGAGGGGAUCUAUAGUUCAGUAGAUGCACACCUGGCGUCCAAACCUCAGUCAAGCGGUGGAAAGGCGGUGACUGUGCGGCAACAGCAGCAGCAGGGAGUGGAGCAGCAGCCUGCAUCCUCUCAAGCCGCACCCCAGCACAUGGCCAAGAGCAGUGCCGCCGCUGACACCGUCACCAAUGAUUGCAUCUACGUCGGAUUCAACUCCGCCACGGCACCCGCACAGAAGCUCGGGACGGCGGCCCUCUGCAAAACGAGCGAGGUCGAGUCUCAAAGCCACGGCCAGACACGCAUCAAGCAGUAAAGCAUGGCCAUUGAUAGCACUAGAGCAUAAUGCACUUUCACCCCUUCCCUUGCCCUUGCUAAAUUGGAACUAUUGUUCAAGUCCACAAUUGCACCACGUCUAAUCAACCUCUAUCCUGUGUACACUGCCAACGUUAGAAAGACGACAGAUUUCAGAUCGUUUCACAGGAACAAUUUCAAAGUUAUGCGCAAGUAUGCUUUCUGAACUACUAUACCCAUUCCCAUCUGACAUUGUCGCGUAUGGUCAACUGUAUGAUCUGUGUACAACACGCAUAUACCCAUCCUCAUACACAAACACACUGCAGACUGAGUAUUCACGCAUGCACACAAGUGCACGCACGUGCAUGCAUGCGCCUGCGCACACACGGACGUUCAGACACAUGCAUACGCACACACACACACACACACACACACACACACACACACACACACACACACACACACACACACACACACACACACACACACACACACACACACACACACACACACACACACACACACACACACACACACACACACACACACACACACACACACACACACACACACACACACACACACACACACACACACACACACACACACACACACAUACACACACACACACACUUGCACGUACAAACCCCUUCUAAACCGCUCUUUUUCAAGCACUUCUCUCAUUGCGUUUGCAAUUGCCCAGAAACGGUGCAAUGACCGUCUGCAUUGAGUCGAUGAUGUGUUGCUCCAUAGCAUACCUUUGCAGUGCGUGGCGCUGUUUUUCAGCUCCUUUUGUAAUACAGGUGUGAUUGUGACCUUGUCAUGCAUAACCACCCCUACAAUAUGGUUCAGCUGAUAUCACCUUGUCCAACACCCACAGCUCCUACUCUGUUAAACACUUUCGCCCAAUAACUGCAACUUUUGUUGUUACGGUUACGGAAAAAUAAGUUUCUUGUUUUAUUCUCACUGUGGAUUUCUUUGUCGCUCUCUCUUCACGUAAAUAAACAUCUUUCUCUUCUUCACG